GUUUAUUUACAAGAUAGAAAUAUUUAAGAAAAUGAAUAAUUUUUUGCACAAUAAAUUGGAAAAAGAAACGUCUAAUCUGGCGCUGCUUAAAGAUCGCGUGGAUAAAUACCAUGAUUUAUCGACUCAGAUGUCUGGAAUUUUAACAAUAUUUGAGCAACGUUUAGGGAAACUUGAAAAAACUAUAUUGCCAGUCUACAAUGAAACAGAACAGCUACAGAAACGUCAGCAAAAUUUGGAAUCAACUUUGGAGUGCUUGGAAACUGUAUUAGCACACUACGAUGUGUCACAAGAAGUAUGUAAUUUAAUACAUCAAGGCCCUAUUGAAGGCAAUAUUACCGUGUUUCUUGAAGCACUUGGUAAACUGCGGGCAGCAAUGGAUUAUUUUCUGCAUCAUAAUUCGCAAAGUGUGGAAUUGGAAAAUGUUACAAGUUUGUUUAACACUGGCUGUGAGGGACUUAAUAACCACUACCGACAUUUGUUAAAAAAACAUAGUGCACCACUGAAACCUGUUGAUUUACUAGACCUUAUUUAUAUUGAAGAUGACUCAUCAAGUGACGAAUACACUUCGUUCCGUCAGUUGUCUCAGAGCACACGAGAAGAACUCUGUACCAUAUCUUUAUGGUUGGAACAAAAUUUGCGUAGGGAAUAUAUCAUAAUUUACGCAUCGGAGCGCGGAGAUGUUGUGUUGCGGUCACUGCAAAACCUAAAAGAUCAUCAAAAAAGCAGCAGUUGGGGACACGAAGCCUUGAAACCUCGACAUAGUGGUAGAAGUGAAGUGAAGAAAAAUACUUCAGCUAGAUUACAGCAAAUAUUUGAAAAGAAAGCAAACAAAUUAUAUCUUCGCGCUACACAAACAAUUGAACAAUCUACUGGAUUUUCGAUAAAGAAAGCUUCUUCACAUUCUGAUCACUUAACUUCAGAAGACUUUAUGGAUGGUGAUCAAGAGCUUGAUAAAUACUUAGUUAUGUUGCUUGGAUUGCAGCGACUCUUGAACUGGGAACGAGCACUAAUGAAUGAAAUAAUACCAACCUCUAAACAUGGCGAAGUAUUCUCUAAGUUAGCUUACAAUGCUAUAGAAUUAGUGGUUAAAGAUGCGGAGGCAAUUACAAAUCGUAUCUUACGUUGCAUAUCGCGCAAAGAGUGGACUUCAGCGCUUGGCAUAUUUUCAGCUCUUAAACGUGUUAUACUAUUACAACCCGAUAUGGAACGGACAUAUGACCCACAGCAGCGUGAACAGUUGAAAAAAGUGCGCAAUAAGCUGCAGACUACAGGUUCGAAAGCGUUAGAACACUUUUUAGAAGUUGUUAAAUGCGAGUCCAGUACAAAUAUUGUCGGUAUGAGUUCCACUUUAGGUUAUGUUAAUGUACCCAAAGAUGCAACUGUGCAUGAACUUACCUCCAACACAAUUUGGUUUAUUGAGCAUCUUUACGAACAUUUCGAUGUUAUCGGCUCCAUAUUGCAACAAGAUGUUUUAUACUCAACACAGCUGGAUACAAUUUUGAUGAAAAAGUCAUUGCAGGGUGAAGAGCGGAAUAAGGCACUCUUAGCUAUUUACAUAAAAAAAGCUUUAGCGGAACUUAAUCUUUCUAUUAUGAAUAAAUGUGAACAGUAUAAUGAUCAAGCAACCAAACAUUUAUUCCGUCUUAAUAAUAUUCACUACAUACUCAAAUCGCUGCAACAAUCCAACUUAAUUGAUUUGGUUACACUUGCUGAGCCGGAGUGUGAACACAGUUAUCUGGAAAUGAUAAGGGAGCUGAAGUUUUCUUACCAAAAAACAUGGUCAAAAAUGUUGGGUAGUAUAUCACCUAUAGAUGAGUUACCCAAACCGAGUCAGGGAAAAGUUAAAGAUAAGGAUCGCAGCAUCCUGAAAGAACGUUUUUCUACUUUUAACAAAGAUUUUGAAGAAGCAUGUAAAAUCCAACGUGGUAUUUCUAUACCAGAUGUUAUACUACGUGAGGGUAUUAAAAGAGAUAACGCAGAACACAUUCUGCCCAAAUACAAUCGUUUUUAUGAAUUGUAUUCAAGCGUGCAAUUCAGCAAAAAUCCAGACAAGUAUGUAAAAUAUAGACCGCAUGAAAUCAAUGCUAUGCUGAGCAAACUCUUUGAUGAUUCGGCUUAAAAUACCAAAAAUGGAUUAAAUUUAUAUUGGAUUAAUUUGUAUUAUCUUAUCGCUAAGCUGUAAGAGGGUGACCGCCACGCAGGAAUUUCGUAUAUUCCUUUUAAUUUCAAUUAGUAAUUAAAAUAAGAUGUGUUUAAUGAGCACAAUUAUGAAGUAAUGUAAAUAUUUUAAAAUUAAAACAAUUUAAAAAUUAAUUUUUUAUAAUUAAUACUAUGUACUUUAUUAUGUUAAUGGAUUAUAUAGUGCUUAGAGCUUUAACAUCCUUUUUAUAAUCAUUCCGUCAUAGCAUGAAAAGUAAACACUUUUAUAAUAAAUACAAAAA